CCUCCUGUCUUUCAGACAGACUGUUUUUGCUGCAUUGAACGGUAGCCGUGGAGAGAGGGAAAACGCAAGAAAAACAAGAAGCCGAAGAAGGAAGAUAAAAAAAAGUCAAUAUAGACAUAUCCAGAGAGACCUCAGAUCCAGCGCCAGCUAUCCUGCAUCACAAGGACCACUUCCAGACCAGAACCAACGGCGACAAAUAGUGCAGGACCCGGACUCCAGAGGCGUAUAUCGGUAAUACUCUGGUAACACUCCGGUGCUCCUCUGCCUACCCUCGUGAGGAUUCAUCGAGACGAACAAACAGAUCUGUGUGUCCAACCGACCAUGGCAUUCCCUUCUUACCCGGUCCCUGGUCUAUGGACUCUGAGCUUAUUGACACUACUGGCAGCCUCUGUUCAAAGCAACUUCAUCGUUUUUGACGAUGACCCCAUGCAGCCGGUGACCCAGGACGAGACGGUGUCAGUGGGCGGCACGGUGACCCUGACCUGCCGGGUGACAGAGAGCGACAACUCCUCCCUGCAGUGGUCCAACACGGCCCAGCAGACUCUGUACUUUGGAGAGAAGAGAGCUCUGAGAGAUAACCGUAUCCAGCUCCACCAGUCAACAGGCACAGAGCUGUCCAUCACCAUCGGAGACAUCCAGCUGUCAGACGAGGGGGAGUACACCUGCUCCAUCUUCACCAUGCCCGUCCGCACUGCCCGUGCCACCGUCACUGUGCUAGGUGUCCCUGGUAAGCCUCAGAUCUCUGGCUAUGAGGAUGCUGUGCAGGAAGGGGGCAAAGUCACUCUCACCUGCACCAGCUCCGGGAGCAAGCCUCCCGCCAAACUACACUGGUACAGGGACCAGAAGGAACUCACAGGUCGCCCUGAUGUGGUGGAGUCUAACCCUGGUGAGCCGACCUACACAGUGAUCAGUGAGCUGACUCUGACUGUGGGCCGAAGCGAUGAUAAUGCUCUGAUUGCCUGUGCUGUAGACCACCCUUCUCUGGCCCAUGGGGACAAAGGGAGCGAGCAACGCAUUAGAGUCCUGUUCACCCCAGACGUAACUAUCCAGCCUGAGAGUGAUCUGCCCAGAGAGGGAGGAAAGUUCCACCUGCAGUGCAUUGCCAACGGAAACCCCGAGCCUAUCUCGUACGUGUGGCAGAAGAAGGAUGGAGAGCUCCCCCCGCUGGCCAAGGUGGAUGGUAGUGUCCUGCGCUUUGAGAUGCUCAACAAAUCAGACAACGGCAUGUACCUUUGUCAGGCCGACAAUGGCAUCGGGAAGGUGCAGGGACAGUACACACUGUUGGUGCAAGACCUGACAGAUGAUUCAGACUACCUCUUCCCUACCUCUUUCUAUCUACCCUCCUCUUCUCCGACUUCUGACUCCCCCCCUCCUUCUCUUUUUCAUGAUUCUUUCUCUCAAUCCACAUCCCUUAUGUCAACAAUGUCUGGCACCGGGUCUGGGUUGUCUGCCUCCACAUCCCUACCUGCCACUUCUCCUCCCGUUAUCCCUUACCCAUCUGACCUUACUAUCACCCCUUCCCCUUAUCCCUCCUCUUCAUCCCCCUCUACCUCUUCUCCCUCUCCUUCUCACUCUCCUCCUCCUGCCAAUGUUCCAUCUACCUCUCUUUCCAACUCUCUCUUCCCUGAUCUUCCACUGUCUCCCGAACCCCUUCCCCCCUCCUCCUCUGACUCCUCCUCCCCCUCUUCUUCUUCCUCCUUUACUUCCCCUCCUCCUACCAGCGUUACUCAUUCUAUCGCUCCCCCCUCCUCUGUCUCCCUCACUCCCUCCUCAGUUCCCAUACAGCUGAAUGGAGUUUACAGUUUCACAGAUGGUCCAGACAACAUUGCAGACCCCACUGCCAUGUCUACCUCUUCAGGAGUGGACCAUGCUGUGAUUGGAGGAGUGGUGGCAGUCAUCGUCUUCAUCCUGCUCUGUCUGCUCAUCGUCUUGGGCAGAUACCUCAUCAGACACAAAGGGACGUAUCUUACCCAUGAGGCCAAGGGCUCCGAUGACGCUCCCGACGCCGACACGGCCAUCAUCAACGCCGAGGGCGGCCAUUCCGGAGCAGAGGACAAGAAAGAGUACUUCAUCUAGGGAGGGGUCGGGAGGGGGGAGAGGAACGCCUCCAUUUGUCUUCACAAGCUUCAGUUCUUCACAGCAGCCAGAGGGGGAGGAGUAGGGGACAGACAGACAGACAGGGAAAUGGUGAAGUACUGAGACUGACAGGAAAAACAGAAAAGCUUCACCUGCAUUGAAAACAGUGUGAUUAUUUGCACUUAUAUACAUGACUUCCUCAUGUCCACUGACACACACACACACACACACACACUACGUGUUACGUGUCACUGACACACUGUUACGAGAUACACAUCCUGUUCAUGUUCACAUGAACAUACAAACAGGCACAUGUACAUGUAACAGGAUCAUAGUAAUGCAAAGUAAUGUUCGAUUUCUUGAUUUAAGAGGAAAAACACAUUUUUUAUACAUGCAUAUACAGUACAUAUACAUGUUUCAUUAGCAUUCAACUGUCAGUGACACAAAUGCAAAAUUGUACUCCACAUAUUAUUGCAAAAAUGUCAUUCACAUUCCAGCAUGUUAUGCUGAAAUACAGUUUCUGAACCCCAAACACUGUCCCCCACCCAUUUAUCCAUACCAUUCCUCCCACUCAUCUGUCUUUCAUUUUCCCUAUUGUCUUCUCUCUAUUCUAUCACUCCCCACAUAGACUACGACAGACCAGGACAGACUCUAUAUGACAUUCUUCUGUUCAGCUAUCUGUCUAAAAUCAAUCAACAACAACUGCUGUACAUAACCUCUCUCUCUUUCCCGUCUUUCUCUGUCACACACACACACACACACAAACAAACAAACAAACAGACAAAUACAACCCCUAUUCCCUACAUAGUGCACUACUUUUGACCAGGGUCCAUUGUAACAUGAAGGAAACAGAAUCUAAACA